UCUCCUGAGUUCAGACAGAAAGAGUGAGCGAAAGAGAAGAGAGAAAGGGGAGGAAAAUCAAAAGAAAGGAAAAGGAACAAGGAGGAGGAAAAAAAAAAGUAGAAAGAGAAAUUGGAGGGGAGGAGGGGUUCUCUCGUUCCUCACAUCUCCCUCCUCCCUUCCUUCUUCUUCCUCUUUUGCCUUUUUAUCCCUUGUUCGAUUGGAUUGGGAUUCCUUGGGAGGGACAGCCUCUCUCUCUCUCUCUCUCUCUCUCUCUCUCUCUCUCAUGGCGCCGGGUGUGGCAUCGGAUGCUCAAAGCAACCGAACCUCCUAAGUGUUCCAUGGUGGUGUUGCUUGUGGUGGCCGCGAAGGCUUCUUCUCCUAUUUAGCUUUUCUAUUUUCUCUUUUUCCUUCCUCCUCCUUCUCCUUCUGCAGAAGCAGCGGCGAGCGGCACCACCACCAUCACCGGGAACGCUGCGGUCUCCCUCUGUCCCUGCUUCUCGUCCUUCCCUAAAUACGUUGAGAGAGAUCAUCAAAGGCAUCACCCUAUGGAUAUGGAAUUCUUUUCCGUGCAUAAAAGACCAACUACUACCAUUUGUGAAGGUAGUGGCCCAAGAAAGAGGAAGAAAAAAUCCAAGGACAAACACCAGUUAGAGCAUGUGUGUGAGCCUAAUGAUGAAGCACAGUGGGGUGACUUGGAUGACGGUGUGCUUGAGCUGGUUCUAGCAAGGCUCCCUGUUUCUGACUUCUUUCGGUUUCGUUCAGUGUGCAAAGGAUGGAGUUCUUUGAUUCGAUCACCAAGCUUUCUUACAGCAUGUAGUGAAGUGAGCUUGCGUGGCCCUUGGUUUUACAUGCUUGAUUCAAAGUCUGAUAGUGGUGUCAUCUAUGACAUGGAUGUUGGGAGGUGGCGGCAUAUCAGUUUUUUGUCUACUUUAACUGGUCCUGGAAAGUUGAUUCCUGUGGCAGCUGCAGGUGGUCUUAUAUGCUUCCGGUCGCCCAAUGGUGAUUUGUCAGUAUGUAACCCACUCACUGGGUCAUGCCGGGAACUACCACCUCUGAACUCAGUGUAUCCUAUUCAUGCUAUUGCUAUGCAUGCCUCCAAGUCCUCGUACAGAAUUGUUGUUAUAUUUGGAGAAAUACUAAAAUUUGGUGUCAAAGUGUAUACAUCUUCAGAAAAGCAAUGGGUUGAAUUACCUGUGAGUGGCAGCAUUGAAGAUGCAGCGAGCAAACUUUUUGAGAAGCAGACCUCUGUUCCUUAUGACGAUGGUGCAUACAUCAUGGCAGGUCCUAGUUUAAAUGACAUCCGCUUGAGCAUGACAAAAGAAUUUUCUGCAGUUGGUGGCGAGGUGAUUCAUUUCCUCAAUGGGAAUGGCAGGGUGGUUGCCUGUGACACCCGCAAAGGGACAAUGUACAGUUUCCCUGCAAUCCUUCCCCCUGACUUUGAAUACUCAGUUGACAUUGUUGAAUGCAGGGGAAGGGUGCUGCUGGUUGUACUUCUGGAGAUGAUGGAAACUGCAACAAUUCGAGUUUGGGAAUUUCAACAGGCAGAGAUGGAGUGGGUUCAGGUCUUGGCAAUGCCACCAGCUAUGUCCAACACAUAUUAUGGAAAGAAGGCCGAUAUCAAUUGUGUUGGCUAUGGUGACUUUAUAAUGGUCUGUAUCAGCUCCAGGCGUUUCCAUCGAGUUGUGCUAUGCAACGUCACUAAUAACUUGUGGGCUGAGCUGCCAAGAUGUUAUGUUCCUGGCAGCCGGAAAAUUAAGAGGUUCGUGUCUUGUUUCUGCUUCGAGCCUAGGAUUGAAGCCCGUGUUUAACGGGAACAGUAUAUAGCACAGGACCAUUAUAAUUAUAAUGGAAAUCCUGUGUCCGUCGAAUGGCGGAACCCACGGAUAGCUUAGUGAGUGUUGCUUCCGUGCUGUUAGCUGAACAUAAUUAUUUUGAUAGGAGCAUUGAGAGCACAGUAUUCUUGUAUAUUCGUUUGAUGUUCAUAUGCGGAAUCCCCUUGGAUGCAGCUCAGAUGUAGGCAUGUCUAUGUUAAAUUGUUGUCUAUAAAAGUGUGCUGGUGCGUGUGCAUGCACGCACAUGGAGUUCCUCCUGUUUAGUUAAGAGCCGGCAGUCAAUCUUCAUGAUUUUCUUUUUUGUUUUUCUUGUUCCUUUGUAGAAGAGUUUGAGAGAUGUCUCGUUCCGCCUUUGUAUUCGUUUGAUUAUGCUGUUAUAUCGUGUCUUCUUCAGUACAAUGAAAUUUAUCAAAUGGAUAGUGCAGCGCAUGUUGAUUCUAUUA